AUGGACGCGAUCGAACAAUCUGCACCGAAUGCGCUGGCGCAUCUGACACAGGUCCCAAUCGCCCAGCUUUCUCCAGACCUUGCGCAACCAAGCGAAAAAUUCAUUGUUGCUGUUGUCACGCUCAUUUGGCCCUACUCGUCCUCGAACAAGUCUCUGAGCCUUUUGUUGGCAGAGCCAGAUGCCCGCCUACGACGACCGAACGGACAAGUAAAAGCCACAUUUCAUGGACGCGUCGCGCAGGAGAUUGCAGAAUCGCAUGUUGGAAUAAGGGAUACGGUUCAUCUUUCUUUGGCAAAUUCCAGGUUUGUUAGCCAUGAAGCCGUCACACAGACACCCGGGAGAUCUGCCGUGUGGGAUGCACACUUUGAAGAUGCUGUGCUGCUCGAGCCGACUGUGCCAACUCCUGUCGACUUCGCACCUCCGUCGACCCCCGUUCGCCAAACAGCCAAGCAUGGAUUGGAUACAGCGCCUGAUACAGGAUCUUGGGGAUCACCGGCAUUUAUGCGAUCUACGUGGAGCUCAUAUGGAGGAGUUAUCGAUACGUCGCGUGACCUUUUUACGGAAGACGAUGGUUUUGUGCCCGGGAAAGGAAGGAAACGCCCGCGGUACAGCUUGCAAAGGGAGGAUUGGCGGCUGAUUGACGAGUCUGAGAGCUCAGUCGACAAAGAGGUUCCAGUGGAUUGGUGGGAACAGACUGUAAAUCAAGAACUUGACGCGGAGGAUACGGAGGAUGCGAACGGUCAACCUUCCGAUGAGCCCAUGGCAAAUGCUGCACCUCCAUUCAACUCCGAGAAUGCACCCCAGAAGCCCUUGCCGGUGUUUGCGAAGCCUUCUCUUGAACUGACCGAUACCAUUCUUGAAAGGCGUGCAGCCGAGUCAAGCAACAAAGACACUCAGACAUCAGUUUAUGUCCCUGGCCCAGGGCCUCUAGGCGUUCAUCUUCCGACCGACACACCACAAAUUCGACCUAUUCCGUCCCCUGGGCUUCCAAUUCCCUCGCCGCUGGUAUCAAACCACGCCAAUUCCAACGGAUAUUUCACAUCAUGGUCUACGCCUACCCAACUCGAUGAGAUUCGUCCGAUUUCUCCGGAAACCACUAUUAUUGGAUCACCACAUGAAUCAGCUAUUGAGACUCCGGCGAUCCACAAGAUUAAUGUGACGGACGAGACUCCUGUCAUCGAAUCUCUCAAUCCAUCUGUGAUGGCACCGGUCGAGUCAACUGUUGCGUCUCUUCAGACGGAGCCUGCUCUUGAUACUGAAUCUCUCCUUCAUGGCAUUGUGGUAUUGCCCAACGAAUCAGAAGAUCUACCGAACGAAUUCAAAGCCGGGACGGCCGAUCCUCCGUCAAUUAUCGAUGAGCCAAGCAUUGCUCAGGGUGACGUUGAGAUUGGAAAGGCCGACGAAGCUGAAAAGUCAAAUCAAGAUCACCCCAACGAACUGCUGUCCUUGGAGGAUCGUGAUAGUCAACUGGGGGAUGGAGACAUUCAACACGAUGUGCAGGCUGCUCAGCCUGAACGCGAGAUUGAUAAUGAGGAAGACUCCGUGUCAGAUCUAGAAAAUGAGGUUCAGUCAAGUGGUCAACCUCAUUCCUUAUCUGCCGUGGAUGCAGAUAAAAUGGAUGGAAUUGAACCUACUGCAAAUCCUCCCGAGGAUCUCGAAAGUGUAGACGAAGUUGAUGGUUCAAUUGAGGCUUUGAAUGUGCCUCCUCGCCCACGAAGUGAAAACUACGAUGAGGAAGAAGAUGCAGUGGUUGGGGGAGAAGAGCAGUAUGACGAAGAAGCCGACGAUUAUGAAUCACAAUACAACUACGAUGACGAGGAGGAUCACCAUGUACCCCAUUUAGGUACGCGACCAGAACAAGAGGAGUUUAGCGACGAUGAAUCCGAUGUCGAAAAUUCCACCGACGAUGGGUCAGAACAAGAACAGACCUUUCCCUCGCGCCCGGAGACACAAGAAGUAAUCGUACUGGACAGCGACAGCGAAGAUGAAACUGCGCCUACACAUCCGGCUCUCUCAACCUUUCAGGUGUCUGACGAAGACGACCGUUCGCAAAGUCCUGGUUCUGAUCAGUAUGUACAGCGAGAUGUUGAUAGAGCGGAGAGCGACGAGGAAUCCUCCAACAGCGACCAGAAUGAGAAGAUCGACGAAAGAAACACAUAUAAAUCCGAUGACCAAGAUGAUCGAGUGCAUGACAGCGAUAAGGCUAGCGAAUCACCACUUGAUACAAUGUCGGGAGACGAAGAUGCUCCAGAAAAUGAACAAGACAUGGCGUCGGUUGAUCUGGUACAGGAUGAUAUUUUGCUGGCAGAGUUGGAGUACAAUGAGCAAGAUGAAGACUCUGAUUCAAUAGCUAGCGUUGAGUCACAGGUAGGACCGGUUGCAGCUCAAGAUUCCGAUGAGGACCAGCAGCCUGAUGUGGAAGAGCCUGCUCAUAAUCAUCCAAGUGUGUCUGAAGUGUCUGAAGCUAUUGAUCAUGGAAUAUCCGUGGAUCAAGAGAAUUUGGAAGAUUCAGUCGUACUCACCGACACCGACAAGAUUGAUACCUUCUUCAAUGUCGAUGGGCCGUCUGAUUCGCAUGUGUCUCCUUCUCUUGAGGAAGAUGCAGCCGAGUCAGUGUUGGCGCAAGAACAGCCCAUCGAACUUCCUGAGAUCACCGACCUCGAUACGAAGAUUGAGCCUGUAGCACCAGGAGUCAUGGCUUCUCUUUCCGGGCAACAACUUCCAACCCCAGACCCUACUCAACAAUCUGCAUUGUCUGAUCAGCGUGGCGAGCCCAAGGUAUCCCCAACAGGAGAACAGGAUGAACCCAUGGAACUCGAUAGAGGUUUCCCGUAUAUGCGAGCAGCCGGUUCACUCCAUCCAGAAAGUAUUGAAGCAGUUCCUGAGCCAGAGAACGUACACGAUGUCCAGAAAGAAAAGUACGGUCUCGACGGUGCCACAGAACAUCCCGACGAUCGUCGGCCCUUGGAGGUCGUCGUCAGCACUGAAGCUCCCGAAAUGGCAAAAGAGCUCGCGACAGAGCCGCCACUUCCAAAUCCCAAUCGCAAUGCCACCGGGCUACGCAGCAAAUAUUCCUACUUCGCUCCGCUUGCCACACUCAUCGAUCACUACAAUGCUUUAGUAGACACAAUCUCAAUCGUCAACGAAGUCUCCCCAAUCGCAAAGGCCAAAACAGGCUCAAAGGAUUGGUUCAUGACCAUCCAGCUAACAGACCCCUCCAUGGCUGGAACGACUCUCCAAGCUCAAAUCUUCCGGCGCUACAAAUCCACCUUCCCAUCAUUAGUUGAAGGCAACGCUGUUCUACUAAGGGACUUCAAAGUCCGAAGCUUCAAUCACGCCGUGAUGAUCGUAAGUGCCGAAACUAGCGCCUGGGCCGUCUUUGACGGAUCAAGUCAAGAGGCACAGAUCAAGGGACCGCCUGUUGAAUAUGGCCCAGAGGAAACUAAAUAUGCCGCAGACUUGCGUCGGUGGUAUACGGACAUGGGAUUGGCUCAUGUUGCAGAUCAUCAGCUUCAAGCCUCGAUUGAGAGAGAAAGCAUAGAUCGUGAAAUGUCGGUUACUUCUCAGCCAUUGAGUGAGUCCGGAAGUCCGGAUUCUACUCGCAGUUCGAGACGCUCUCGCAGAGGACGACAGAGUGGUCGUGUUACUAUUCAUUCGCUGCGGGAUGGUACUCGAUACAUUGAGGUUGGGUCUCCGAAUAGUCGAGGCAGUGAUAGCAUUCACGAGUUGCGGGAUGGAACUGUGUAUUCCAACCCAUGA